CUCUCACGCACAAAGCCACACAACCACCACUUCCCCCACCACUCCGGAAAGCGAUCGGCCCAUCGGAAUACCGUCCAACAUCGAGCUCAGAUCAAAAGCCCAGGCCUGAAACCGAUCACUACUGUAGCUCCGGUAUCACCAUGAAGCUUCACACCACAACCGUAGGCGUGCUUCUGGGACAACUGUCCUCUCUAGCGACGGUCGCUCAAGCUGCUCAAAAGAAGAUUGAAAUACCAGCUGGAGGGUAUACGUUCAAGCUUAGCCUCUUCGACGACGGGCGGACCACUCCCUACCGGGUGUUCUUCGCGGACGAGUACCUCACUGGCUCAAGCUACAGGCUGAGCGCGGAUGGGCACGUUCAGUAUUUCAAGGCCGGCGCCGAGCUGUACUUCGACCGCAUGGUACAAGACGACAAUUCUAUCACAUUCAGCAAAAAGCCAUCGGAGAGCAGGAAACAUGGCAAGGGGCGACCGGAACCGCAUGACGACUACGACUUCUCUUCGUCCGAAGCAAAUUUUUGCACCGAAUGCACAGAGGCGAUUACCGCUACGUGUUACUCUGGGCUGCCCGAAUUCUGCACCAUGGUUGACCGAUCCAUCCUCGGCAACGACGGGCUCCAGUCCAUGAGAGCUCUGUGCCACAAUUACAAGGAGGUGUGCACCAUCGUCGAAGACUCCUGCCACUACUUGUGUGGAGACAUGGACCACGAGUUGGUGAACGCCGCAACCAUCACAGCCAUUGCCGCAAGCGCCACCGGCUUCGACGAACGCCCGGGACAGGCCAGUGGUGAUCACGGAUGCGGCAAAUACGGGUGCCUGCCCGUGUUGGCCACCGACGGCAUCACCGACGACGUCGAGUCCAGGUGGUCAUGCGCCGAGGACAUCGUCCCUGACGGUGGCCAGUGCGAGAUCGAGUUCACUUUCUCCCACCCGCAGAACCUUAAGCAGUUGCAGGUCGACUUCUGGAAGGGUGAGGAGCGCACCCGCACUCUCAAGGUUAAAAUCAACGGCGAAAAGUUCGGGGAGUUCGACUCGCACCCUGGAUCUGUCACGAGCUAUUUCGACGUCAUUGCGUACGACGUGCACACCGUCACGCUCGAGUCCCUCGGUCUCGACACGGACGAGUGGAUCAGCCUUCUCGAGGUAAUCUUUAUGGUGGAACCCUGAGUGGCGGCGCUCGAGAAUCUACACCACGAACGAGGAAGACCGCGAACACAGCUUCGCUUCGCAUGUUGAGACGACCAAGUUGCAGUGAAUGGGUGGGAUUUCCUCUAAUGGCUUCAUUUGCGUUCCUGACCGAACGCGUGGUAACUAGAUGUACAGAGUGGUUGUCUCAGACUUCGGAGUGCUUCAGAUAUUGGUUUCAGUCGGCCUGGUUUGACGGGGGGCGCGGAGCAAGAUGUAAGGGGGACCAUCUUUGCAGGUUGCAAUGACAGCCAACGAUUGUUGUUAGCAUUCAUUGCGGUGCGCAGUUAGAGCUGGUCCUGCCACGAAGUAACGUGGCCCCUACGUUUUGUGUGUGCAUGUAGAGAAAGGACCAGUAUGGACGUGUUGGUGGGCAGAUAGCGACGAUGGAAAAUCGAGGGAAUGAAGUAAUGCAUGUGUGCACGGUCCAAGUUGGACUACAUGUAUUGCAUAGUUCAGAGGUCUCACAGUAGCACGUGUCAAUCAGAGGUCGGGACAAAAACAAGCAAGAGCAAAAACGCGAAAGUUCAACGACACUGUAAGCCCUAACUCGCCGUGGUGAUGCGAACGUCAUGCAAGGUGCGCUUACUUCCUGUAGGCUGUCGAUUCCACAACGAGAAUCACCCGAAGCCUCCUCAGAAAAACUCCCUCCACAGCGACGAGUUCGGUCACAAAUUGUGGAACGUAUAAACGUCCAGACAUAAAUGUGAGGGAUUCGGCGUCAUAGAAGAACAUUUCCUUUUUGCUGCAACCCGCUUCAAGGCGGAUUCUCGGUUCGACAUAAUCGGGGAUCGAGCGUGGGCAAUUUCUCAAUGGCCAGUUCACAUCCAGACAUGCAGGGUUGGCGCCGACCCAUAGCUGCCCGAUGUAGGGCACGCCUGAAUGACGCGCGAUUAGGCAAGAAUCACAUCCAACAAGAGGCCACCGAGUAAAUCGUCUUCGUCGCUUCGAUACUCCACGAAUUUGCAAUGCCAUGCGCGCACCUUGGCUGCAGGUGUUUUUCAUAUUUAAGAACUCUACCCAUCGUUUGUCGGGUACGCAUGAAAACAUUGAAAGAGUUGUCCUGUAGGAGGAUCUCGGUUCACACGUCAGAUCGAAAGCAACCCGCCUACGCCACCCAUCACCAUACGAUGAAACCGCCACAUUUCACUUCUGUCGACGAUAGUACCCGAAGACUCCACGCCGCGCCCACGCCCCCCUGGAUAUAGUCCAUUCCACCCACAAAAUGACUCAACCUGUUGACCAUGAACGAAAACAGGAUGCAGCGUCAACAGACCGAGUGCCAUUGGUGCCGGGCUAUCCACCAGACCGAGCAGAAGCACUUCUGAUUGCCUUCCUGCUCUCCGCCCCUUCCCCAACAGAGCAAGAACCAACGCGCUCGAAUCCGCGCACUCGCCCCUCCGUCAUACACAAUCUGCCCCUUGCAUCUUCCACCCGGAACCCGCCGGUCGCGAAGUUCGAGGAGAGGCGCCGGCACCGGCACCGCCGAGAUCGUUCAGAAGAGCCUCGGCCGACCGAGUCACGUCCACGGAGCCCACCCCGUCGACCACCGCGACGUCUCGGCCCAAACCUCGCCAAAAAAAACGAGAGACCGAGAAAGAGAGCUGCUUCCGGCCGCAAGCGGAAGCCAAAUCGUCCAGGAUGGCUCCCGUUGCAUCACCGCCGCCGGCGCCGCGUCUGCAGCCACCGCCUCCGCCGCCGCC